AUGGCUUUUUGCUACCUAAUGAUUGAAGAAAACCUCGCCUACGUGAAACUCGAACUCGAAAUCUCCUUGACGUUACAGUCAUUGUCAACUGUGCUGCCACAUGAAAAACAACAGGCUGUUGCAAUUUUAAUUGAUGGAUGA